GUGGAGAGGCUGGAGGCAAGGAACGCGGGAGGUUUCCUGAGGGAGCUGUGGAAGUACGCCUCGGACUUAAGAUGUCUUCAGUGGCCAGGCGUCGCAGAAGACAAUAUGGAACAUCUUCAGUAGCUAAAAGCAGCAAGCCGUAUAAACCUUUGCUGCCGACUUCUUAUUCUCCCCAAGAGGGCUACUUAGAGGAGGGUGAAGACAUGCUAAGCAUUAAAGAAUUAUGGCAGAAUGUGGCUGAUUAUUCAAAAAGGAAUGAAGAGAACCAUGAGCGAUACCAGUCCACUCAGUUAGGGGAUGCCAGCGGCAGGAACACAUGGAAAGAAGAGCUUUUCCAGCACUUUUAUCAAGUGGUUCAGAAAGCCCGUGAUCGAGAGAAGCCUUCAGAUUGCGUUAUUGUUUCUAUCAACAACGAACAGAGGGACUACGCAACAGGCAUAGGUCAUCAGUUGCAGGAUCAUGGCCUUAUGGUGGAAAUGAUUCACCUCUCCUCGGAAUCGAGUCUUACGCGAGCACUCCAGGAAGUUAAAGAUGAUGGGUCCCCGUUUUGCAUUCUUGUCGAACAGUCUAAUGUAGAACUUUCCUCUUGCACCGUAAUUAUACUUGAUGAGUCUAUCAAAAUACAUCGUCAUAUGCCUCUGGAAGAUGCCCUGGUGCUGGUAGCUAAAGAAUACAGGAGAUAUUUCUCUAAACGGGAGCAGCAGGAACAUGCUGGAAUUGCUCUGCGGGCUGGAGAUCUCCUGGACGACUUCUUGGCUCGGGAGUGCCUUCCCAGCUACUCUGUCCCUUUGGGCAUUCAGCACCUUGUCUUCCUGUUGACUGAGGGAAAGCAUUUGCGUGGGAAUGAGUUAAACCUGCUCAUUGACUACCUGAAGACCAGGAAAGGGCAACUGAAAGGCUUUGAGACGCCCAAGUCUUUGGCUGGCAGUGAUCAUCCCUCAUUUCAAGGCAGGAAUACCCCAGUGGUGGGCAAGCCGCCUCCACUUCUUCCAACCCCUGGAAAGGGAUCCUUCUCAGGCCCUCAUCCCCCCUUUCCUGCCAGGCCCCCAUUGUUAGGGGACAGACCAGGAGGGGCCCUCCUUUCACUACCAGGAUUGGUCAGCCCCAAAGGUCUGUUUGUCCCUCCCCUGCUUCCAGCAGCCCCCUCCAGGAGACCUGUUCCUUUGCGAUGCCCCCAUCCCAAGCGUGCGAAGCGCCCACUACUUGGGGAGAAGCCAGGCCUUCUAGCACCACCGCCAGAUCUCCAGUCAGUGCUGCUCAGGCAGGCAGCUCAAUCCACGUCUUUGCUGAACUAAGGAAAGCUCCCUGGGGCUAGGAAAACAAGGUGGCUGCGGCCCAGAUGGCAGCUUCGCCCUCCUUGGAGGACCGGGUGCCUGUCUGAUCCUGGUGUCCAGGCAGUGGGUGGAACGUGUUUCCUUUCUGUCUAGUACACGGUCCCUGGCAACGUGUUUCAUGUUUGGAGGUUCUUUGUUCCAAACUGGAGGUUUGUGGAAGAUCAUUGUUACAGAUACUGGAUCUCAAAGUUGUUUGAUUAUAUACAUAUUAAAAUAAUAAAAACUUCUAGCUUUCA